GGAUAGUCGUCCCUCCAAUUAGGGCAAGAUGGGGGAGAACUAUCUCAACUCGCUGAUUAGUCUUGUUUCCAAAAGUGACAUUCGCUAUGAGGGCAUUCUGUACAAUAUCAACAUGGAUGAGAGCAGCAUCGCGCUGUCUCAAGUGAGGUCUUUCGGGACGGAAGGACGGCGAGUCGGCGGGCCGCAAGUUCCUCCCAGCAACGAGGUCUACGAUUAUAUCAUUUUCAAGGGUGAUGACAUCAAGGACCUUACUGUCUUGGGUCCUCCUGGAACAGUUCCGGGGACUGCGCCAGCUGCUCCUCCUCCUCCUCCCGCGCCAGCCCCACCCCCGCCGAGCGACCCUAUCCAGUCAAACCCGUGGGCUCCGUCGGCGGUUCCGACGGCACAACCCUACGCUGCGCCGGUGUACGGAGCGGAUCAGUGGGCCCCUGCUGCUCCGCAGCAGCCACCACCGCAGCCUCAGGCGCCUCCACCGCCACCGCAGCCUGCUUACACGGCAUCCGCCCCACCUGUGGCGCCGGCUUCUGCACAGAAGGUCGCACCGCAGGUGCAGGUUGCGCCGGCAGCACCGCGUGCACCUCCCCCCCCGCAGCAGGCGCCCCCAAAGCCGUCAAACUAUGCACAGGCUGCUGCCGUCGGGCGCGGUGGCGUUGGGGGCCGGGGCCCUGCCGUGGGUCCUGCGCCCGGGGGCCGGGGCGGUGGGCGCAACGGGCCGCAGGCACCCUACCAGGUGAACGGGGGCAGGGGUGGACCGGCUCCGGGAGGCCGUGGUCCCGCCGCGGCACCAGCUCCUCGACCGUCUGCUGCGCCCGUGGCGGUUCCAGCGCCGGCAUCAGCCGCGGCAUCCUCGCCUAUGCCCUUGCCAGUCCCCGCGGAGGACUUCAACUUUGAGGAGCAGAACGCGAAGUUCAAGAAGGAGGAGGUCGCGAAGGAGAUUGCGGAGGCCGUGAAGCCGCGUGGGGCUUAUGUUCGGGACGACUUCUUCGAUGCUAUCUCAUGCGAGACGCUUGAGCGUCUGAACAUCGAUAGCGGGGCUGGAGCGGGUGGCAGUGCGGGCGGUGGCGGCCGCGUGGAUGGCCGCGGUGACGGCCGGCAGCGUGCGGCUGAUGCCCGGCGGCUGGACAUGGAGACCUUUGGAGGUCUUGGUGGCCUGCGGCACAACUACAACUAUGGAGGGCGCGGCCGGAGCGGCCGGGGCCGGGGCCGGGGCGAUGCUGGCGGCCGGGGCGGAGGCCGCGACGGUGGCAGUGGCGGCGGUCGUGGGUUGAGGCCCCACGCCACGGGCGUUCCCAAUGGCGGAGGCCGUGGUGGCCGCGGACGCAACUAAAGAAGAGGCUAGUUGCUGGAACCGUUUAGCUUGUGUUGACCGCCAUUUCGAGCGAAUGAGGUGAUCUAUGUUUACCCGGACUGUUCAUACGCUAGAUGCCGAUGCUGAACGCCGGUGGACUUGCAAUAUGAACUGUCCCAGACCAUGACUAAGGCUUUUCAUUGGGCAAUGCAGGGCAAUGCUUGUAAUAGAUUGCAAUGCAACGCGUUGCUUUCGGAUUGGUCUGUGCUUGAGGAUGGUUAGGAGUUGGCGACUCCUGUCCAUGACGCUGCAGUCGGCACGCCUGGAGGGCUGCCGUUAUGAACGCUAUUCGAUUGGAUGUUAUUCACUCACUCGCUCAGCCUGCUCUGCUGUACGAGAGGUACAAGAUGCGCCUGCGUUAAAUGGUUGUUACAUGCAGCAGCGGUGUGAUGCAUGCAUAUUGCGGCAUGUUUCUAUCAUGUAAUAAUGUCGAUAAAAA